AUGAUGGGGGUCGUUAGUUUCGCUAAUUGUUGUGGUACUGUAGUGAUUUUAGCAACGAUUUUCAGCACAAAUGUUGCAGGUAAAGUCUAGUGGUAGUUUUACAUCUCAAUUCAUUGUUGCAGCUGCGCAUUUGAUUGUGCCAGGAUUAUAAAACUAUAAAAUGUACAAUGAUGAUUAAUUUUAAGGUCCAUUUAAAUUAAACGAACCCAACAAUGUUAACAUAAAAAAUUUCAUAUUAUUACAUUAAAUUUCAUAUUAUUGCGUUUUAGUACUAAAUGCCGUUUUCCAAGAGGCGUAUGUUUGCUACAAUUAUUGCACGACUAAUGCAAGUCUAGUCCCAGUAACUUAAAUUGGUCACCUUAUAUUUCUAGCAUCGUAUUUCUACGCUUGGAUCGAUUUCUAUACGACGUAUAACUGCACAUAUCUGCAUAGCAUGUCAGGCAGGACUUAAUUUAAGCUAUAUUGAUUUUUUCUGUUGUCUGAGCCUUCAUGCAAUUGUUAUUGUAAAAUUAAUAAAUGAAGAGUCUGAAAUGCUUAAAUAUCUAGUUAAGGGUCUUGAAGAUGGAAAUUACAUAAUAUAUACUAUAUAUAUAGUUUUUCGUUUUACCUCAAAAAACCACAACAGUUUGUUUCAUCUGUAAAAAAACCACAACAGUCUGUUUCACCUAUACUGCUGUGGUUUUCUAGGGGUAAAACGAAAAACUAUAUUACGCUCUAUCUAUAUGGUAUUGAGCACUGUUUGUGUUUCGUAAACCAAAAACUCAAACAUAUAUAUAUAUAUAUAAUAUAUAUAUAUAUAUAUAUAUAUAUAUAUAUAUAUAUAUAUAUAUAUAUAUAUAUAUAUAUAUAUAUGAUUGCAUUUUUCGCAGUUGUUCCUGGUCAGGUCUAUUUAUUUAUUUAUUUAUUGAAUUUGUCACUAUACAAGAAAAAAUUACAUUGACGAAGACGACGCAUACAUACAUGACAAAACAAGUUAUAUGUGACAGGAGAACGGAACAGGACUUUCGUCCCACUUGAUCGAAACCUAACCCCUUACAAUAACACAAUGUAGCUACUAUUUGUCUUUACUCAACAAUAUAGUACAUUAUACUUUUGUAUAUACUUAUAUACAUAUACACAUAUUUGGAAACGACUAACAUGACACAAAGAAGUUCCGGACUGACUAUAAUUAGCCGGAACAACCAGGAGGACUGUAUGUCGAUAACUUUAAAUGUCUAAUAUAUAAAUGUAUAUAAAUUUCCCUCACCGGGCGACUGAUUACUAUUUACCCCCUGAAAGCCCCGUUUACACGAGCCAAUUUUAUUUGACAAAUUCCAUUUGACCAAAUGCAUUUGAUCAAAAGCUAGCAUGCUAUAGCUUUUGUUCAAAUGCAUUUGUCACAAUAAAUUUGUCAUAGAUUCACACGAGCAAAAUAUCUUGAAAUUGUCGAAAUUAUAAGAGUAAUUACUAAUUAUUAUAAGGUUGCAUGAAGUAUGAUGUAUGAAGUGUUGCUUUAAUUUGUCUACUGGACAUAUACAACAUCAUUUGACAGGUUGUUUUAUGCUGAUGCUCUCCGGUAUAGGUAGGAAAAAGGAACUAGUCACGUUACGCCGUUAUAGCCGGUUCAAUUAAAAUCAUUGCUCCAGUCAUUCACCCGGCAACUCGUAGUUCAAAUAAUAUUUGGUUAUAACUCAGUUAAUUGUUCAAUUUGUUUUGAUAAAAUCAUACCAUUUAUGUAAAUGAAAAUCUGUGCUUUCAAAUAAUUGUGAAAGGAAUAGUAGAAUUGUUGGAUGAUAUUGGACAGACAAUGUUGCAUGGGUGCGUUUGAAUGCGUCUUUCCGUAUAAUAUUAAACUGAAUUACACGGUACUUGAGGAUUGCAGCACUCUAGGAGUGUGUUUUUUUUAUUUACAUGCGCGAGUUCACGUGAACAAGAAACAAAAAUGUAAAUUUCGAGUUUCUUAUAUUUAAUACUUUCUUGUUCGUAAACGAGUGCUUGUAAAACCCGAUAACACACGAAUAAAGAGUGCAUGAAAAUAAUGUUUUAAUUUCAAUUUGAAUGGUGUGCUUUCAACGAUACUCUCCUCGAUAACCUCGCGAUCGGUACUGAACUCAGCAAACUUUUCACGCUUUCCGCCAUACCAUUAUACAGAUUAAAAAAGUACAUGCGCAUGAGUAUUAUCGCACGGACUAGCGUUGUUGUUACAUAAACGAUCAAGUUUACGAAAAUUGAAUAUUGUUACCGUACAGUUUAGUUAUGUUUAAUAAUUAUGUUAUAAAACUACGAGCUAAUUAACAAUACAUAAUAAACCUAAUUAAUAAUAUUACCUAUCUGUUAUACAGUAAUCAGUAUAGUUUUUACAACGUUCAGUGUUUGUGGAAAUUCUAGGUUAGCAUAGUAGCAUACCUGUUUGUCAAUUAUAAUUAUGACCAGUUUCAAUAUUUUUAAAUACUUAAAUACUUAAAAGUAUUCAUUCAAGUUUAAAGAGUCAUUGUCAACCACAAUGCAUGGUGCGCCCAAACCUGCUUAAUAGAUGUUUCGGUUUUCAAUCCAUAAUAUAUUACUACCACUCUAUUGUUAUACUUGCUCAUUUUAACUUUUUUAUACUAAAAUUGCACCAAAGAAAUGUUUAUAAUUGUCAUUUUUUGCUAUAUUUUUCACUUCCGAAGGUAAGAUGUAAACAAAUGCAUUGACAUUGUGGUUGACAAUGACUCUUUAAAAUGUCCUCAAGUCAGUCAAGUGGGUUAUUUGAGACUUCAGAUCUUAUUUUGUCAAUGAAUUGUUCACAAGAGCAAUUUCUCCUAAUAUAAAAUAGCAAGUUAUUUAAGAGAAGUAAAUAUAUAUAUAAUCAGUUUAUUAAGUUGCUUCCAUGGCGUCCAUGUUUUUCUUUUUCAAUCACCUCGCGUCUCGCGUUAAAUUAGCGAAUUUUUAAGCAAGGCUAAUUAAAUAAUCUAGUAUACGGUCUAUACGGGGACGUGAAAAGAAACUGCCUUAAUUUAAAUUUUACACUUCAAAAUCUAUAAACUAUAUCGGUAUUAGGAACCUUGAGCACGAAGGAUCAAAUGCAUCGACGAAGGCAAGUAGAAAAAUGACAAUCAUAAUCUUGUAGAAAAAAAAUGAUGAAUUAAAAUCUCAUAAAAGUAUUAGAUGUCGUGACUGCAUGUCGUGAAUCGUCCUCGUUCUGUUUACCACGGCAAAUCUUGUCGUGUAUACAACGGCUAUAUUUCAAGCUGGGACAACGAUUAUUUCAAAUUGGAUCCCUCUCAAAUUCGACCAACCUGCAAAAUCAAUCCUUAUCUUAACCUCAAGUAUUUAAGUAUUUUCAUACUUAAACUGUAUUUUCAUAGACGGCAGGUUUUUGGAGUUUUUUUUCCGAUUUUCAUUGGCUGGUAGCUUUAAAAAGUUAGGUAAGGUAAGGUAAGGUAAGGUAAGGUAAGGUAAGGUAAGGUAAGGUAAGGUAAGGUAAGGUAAGGUAAGGUAAGGUAAGGUAAGGUAAGGUAAGGUAAGGUAAGGUAAGGUUAGGUAAGGUAAGGUGGGGAUUACAUGAUAUUAUAUACAUUACACACACUAAACUACAAAUAACUACAAUUUAAAGUGGAAGUCAAGUCCGUAAUGUAAACAAACGGUUUGUUUACAUUUUGAACUGCUGUAUUUUUUAAAAUAUGAUAUACUGUCUGAAUAUCUAACACUAUUUUGGUUCGCUAUGCUUCUAAAUGAGUAUGAAAUAGAGUUUAUGUUCAGAAGAAUUCUAAACAUUCGAAAUUUGGGCAAUUUUCACAUUAGAGGUCCUCACAUUGUUAUGAGCAGAACCGAUGCGCAGAACGGACUUGACUUCCACUUUAAACAAUUAUGUACAAAAUUAAUAACAUUAUAUUAGAAAUUCUAAGCGUCAAUUGCAUUUAUGAAUGUUGAUAAUGUACCUGAAUCACGCAUAUCUGAAGGUAAUGAGUUCCACAGUUUAGCUAGCCUGCUUGUCAGGCUCUAUGCUCAGCCUCGUACCCAGGCGCAAAUAACGUACUAAAAAUAGCAACACUACAGUGUUUUUAUAUAGAUCAGUGGCCAAGAUGAGCGAGCGGGGUACUUGGGGAGGACGCGGGAAACGAAGCGCCUGGCAGAAUUUGUAACAAACAUGGCGGACAUGAGAAUGCAAAGAAGGAAAUUGCUGUACUAUACUAAAUGAAAUUGAAAGGCUUGCCUAACGAGCGGUACUUUUGGGAAAGAUUUUAUGUCCAAAUGAUCACUGCGUUGAUAAUAAGGAUUUUUCGAAAACGGUAUUUUAAUUAAAGGUCUCCUCAGGAGACCAGCCUUUCGAAAUUAGAAAUUCUGCUGGUCAUGAGAGAACUCAAGAUCAUUGAACAUUCUAAAAAAAAUAACGAUUUAUUUCAAAUGGUUGAAAAUAUAUGUCUGGUAUUGGAUGCACAUUGUUAAUUGUUAACUUUUUGCCCACAAAAUAUAUACAAGUAGUAAAAAAAUAAUUACAGUAGUAUAAUGGGCUAGGGACCUUUGGAAAUCCUGUUGGACUUUUAUAGUAAGGCCCCUAGUUUUAGUAUUCUAGUGAUAAAAGACUAUGAAAGAAGAAAUUACAUACAAGCAGAAACUAUUUACAACAAAUUGAAAGAUGAAAAAAUACUAAGAAAUAAAAUAGUACAUUACUAUCAUCAGUGUUCCUAAGGUUUUUAUAAUUUAUUUACAUUAAUUAGAUAAUAAGUAAAGGGAUUUUACUUUUCUCUAAAAAGAAAAAUAAGUUUUAGUAUUUUUAAUUUCGUCAUCAAGAAAAUUCCAUAAAGAAAUUCCUUUGUUAAAUACAGUGUAUAUACGGUAGUUUGUUCUUUUAUAACUCACAUGUAACUUGGUAGAAUUUCGCGUAUUAUAGUUGUGUACAUCGUUAUUUUGUUUGAAGUAAUCAUUAUAAAAGUCCGGCAAAUUUUGACAAUAGUAGCGACGAUACAUGAAUAAACUACAUAAAUAAUCAUUGAUUUGGUAGAUGUUCAAGAUUUUCAAAUCCAAAAAUAGUGGUUUUGAAUGUUCCAUAUCGGAUUUAAAACUAAUUAGUCGAACAAUUUUCUUUUGCACAUUCAGUAACUUUUGAAGCCUGGUUGGGUACGUAUUUCCCCAAACUAGAUUUCCGUACGUGAGGUAUGGAUAGACUAAAGCAUAAUAUACCAAUUUCAAACUGUUUUUGUUAGUAAAAUGACAGUAAGUUUAAAGGCUAAAGCACAAACCAACCCAGUGUUUUAUACAUUGAUGUGUAUUUUGUGCUGCACCUUGCAUUUGACCUAUAAAGGCUAUUGCCCUUGAUUGCCAAAAUCUACCAUGUUUACACUAAGGAAUGGAGUAUACUUGGACUUACCUGUGGCCACAUAUAAUGCAUUUGACACCUAGUUACACGACAGUGUCUAACAAACUGGACAAUUUAAAGGUAUGGUUGCAUAUUGCAAUUUGUUGGGAUGAUUUCAGAUGCAUGUUAAUUAAUAAUCAAUGAUAUUUGAAAAAUAUGUGGCGAACAUUAUCUGAUGGUCUCACUGAAAAUAUGUGUCAACAUUAAACAUAUACACAUUACAUAUACACACACAAAAAUACAUAUACACACACAAAAAUACAUAUACACAUUUUACCAUAUACACACUUAACACACAUGAUUUACCCUGUUGUCAUGGAAAUUGGUCUCGGGAUUAAACAAUCCAAACAUGUGUAUACUACAGGGUGAGCCACCCCAAAUUCUUCACCUGAAAUAAUUUCAGGUCACUCAGGGUAGGUCCCAGUAAAGUGCUUGGACAAGUGUAGGUUUGUAAUGUAAACACAACAAGACCUAUCCAAGCCGUUUCUGUGCUUGCUCCUAAAUCCUGUUUGUGGUCAUUGGUUCAGCUAAGUUAGAAAGGGCAUAUGUUUUACAUAACUUGACUGAAUGAGAUAUACCUCAUCAACAUGCUAUACAAACAACAACCCCUGUAACAUUUAAAGUCUUUAUUUUGUCAUUUAUUUAUUUUGCUCAUAACAUAAACUACUAGUAUUUACAUUCAAAGGAAUCUAGAGCUAUAGCAAUAUUUAUGCAAGUUUAAUACUCUUUUGGGUUUUUAUUUUAUAUAGACCCAUGCACUCAUCCACAGCUGAACUUCUCAACAAGCUGGGUGCAGUGGCACAAAUUAACAGCCUAGCCUAUUAAGUGGUGUUAAAUUAUUAAAGGUGCUUCCCUGGUUGAAAUUAUUCUUUCUCCUUUCGUGGGGAGCUUACAAAUUCUUUUAAAAUAUGAAACCUAUUGCUUGUAGUCAUCUUCACCAAGAUUUAUACAAUGAUGCACACAUAAUUAUACAGAGAGUAAUGAAAUCUCAAGGCAAACCAAUACAAACACUCACCUCUAACACUCAUUUCUUGAUAAUUCCUUCAGCGAUUGUUCCAGGUCGUCCAUAAGCACAUAUAAAUAUAAUAUUGAGCACCAAAAACGCCAAAAAUAAUUGAAAAGGCACGAGUAAAAAGCUGAAUGGUUCGACUCUUUAGAUAUCGUAUUUCUGAAGAGUCAUAUUUACAUUUUCUGCCAGGCGCUGCAGAAUCCCGUCGUGUCAUGACCUAGCACUCCCGCGCGCUCGCUCAUCUUAGCCACUGAUCUGAAUAAAAACACUGUAGUGUUGCUAUUUUUAGUACGUUAUUUGCACCUGGGUACGAGGCUGGUCUAUGCUUGAAAUAGAGCCUGCUACUGAAGUUAAUAAAACGUGGACAGUCAUUUGACAUUUGGAUGCACGAAAAUAACAACCAAUCAUAACGGCGAUUGUUAAAUAGAUUACAAAAACUAAUGUAAAAUGUGACAAUAACGGCCAAGUUUUCCGUCAAUAUCUCGAAAAUAAAUGUUCCAAUUUUCAUUAAACGGCCAGGAAUUACAUACUAAAUAAUAAUAACGGUUAUUGACCGUGUUUAUAAACCGCAAAGACAGUGAUUAAUGCAGCCAUAAGUAUACUACAAUUACAAGUACGGAAUAUCAUAUUAUGUAAACAACAACUUUAUAUUACCUGUUAAGGCAAGGCUAUUUAUUUCUGACCAAUGGGAAUUUUGCGUACAAUUCGUAGGCAUAAAUCCACUUUUAAUGACUUCAGUAGAAGGCUCUAUUUCUAGCAUAGAGCCUGACACGCAGACUACAGUUUAGCUCGAUCAUAACAGAAGCUUUUCUUAAGGUUUUCAGUUGUUAGUAGAGGUAGUUGUAAUAAAUAGAGGAAACCCUAAGAAUAUAUUCUAUUAUGUUUCUUUUGUGUACGAAAAGAGUAGCGAGCGGACUUGGAGCCAAAUCAUUUAGAACUUUGUAAUUUGUUUAACUUUAGAAUUGGCUCGUCGAGUUUCAAGAGACUCCCACCCUAGAGCGUUUAUCGCUUCUAUACCAGGAGUGUUGUACCUCAAAUUCAUUAUUAUUCUUGCAGCUCGAUUAUGCAGUUUUUGAAGUCUGCUGGAGAGCUCCAAACCAAGGGUAUCCCAUACCUCACUACAAUAGUCAAAAUGAGAACGUAGUAAAGCAUUAUAAAUAGAAGACAGAGUUUCUCGUUUCAACAAAAUCACGAAUUUUUCGCAUAGGUCCAAUUGUAAUGUAAUGUAACAAUUGGAUGUAAUGUAACAAUGAAACAACGAUGCAAUGUACUAUUUUCGCCAAUCGUUGCUAAAAGGCAUCACCUUACGAAUGUGCUGCAGCGCACAUCAUGAUAAACUCGCGCGAUUUAUUCUCUAGCUCUUUCCGUUAGAAGCGUGGGGGGAAAAUCUCACACACAACCCACGCUUCUACUAAAUUAAUUUAAUGUUUUGCUUACAUUAACAGGUAAACACUAUCUUCAAGACAGAAACAGGUACAAUGUUUUCUUCGAAAUUACUGUAAAAUUGCAUGCCAGUGAAAUUUACUUAAGAUGCAAUGGUGGAAAACGAUGAAGACGCAUAAUUCCCGCGCAAUCUCGCUGGACUCGCUGGUAACACACAGUCUAUUUAGAAUCAAAUGUAUUAAUAUAUAGCCUGAAUCACUUUUCUGACAGACCCACUGUCACAACGGACUUGGACUCCCCGUGAAUACAGACCCCUCGUCCUAUACCCGUUACCGGAUUCGGGCCCCUACGGUACAUAUCCGCUAUCUGAUAUGUACCCCCUUCCACGGAAUUGGACCCCUUAUAAAAUUCACAGAAAGAAGAAAUUUUUAAUUCUUUCAUUAGUGAAGAUUGCGACUUAAUGGUUUAAGUGUGGUUCUUAAUUAUUGUAUUCAGCCAUUGCCAGACAAGAAAGGUUUCACAGAUGUAGGUGUAAAACUAUUAGUAUAUCGUGAUUGCUCAAUCUUAAUUUGUAUAGGACAUGCAUUCCUGCCGAAGCUGAACCACCACUAAACUCGAGUUCGUGCUAUCCUUUGGUAAACUUUACCCGUCCUUUUUGUCAAAAUCAUGGAAUCACUUUACCCAACUACGUAUAUGAUACGCCUUACCGUCAGAAUAAUAGAAACGAUGAAGGCAACAAGGAUUUCGACGAAAUAGUGAAGAUCGGCGUAUCACGAAUAAGCCGCUUUUCACAAGUAGACAUCAGCAAUGUUAGAAAAUGCGCACAAGCUGCCGCCAAAUGGUUUUGUCGUCAAUAUUUUCCGAGUUGUGAUCGAACUCAAAGCGUGUUUAAAGAACAAAAGAUAUGUCGCGAGUCAUGUCUUGUAUUGACUCGUACUUGUGGUAAACUGUGGGAAAUGUUUGUAAAGUAUUAUACAAUUCAGUAUCCGGACUCAAAGAAGCUCUACCAAUGUGAACUACAACCGUAUAGGAAUGCUGGUGAUUCACCAGAAUGCUGGUAUCUCAAUGGACUCGCAAACUCUACAGGUAAUAUAUUAAAGCAGAGCGUGGAAGAUUCGGAGACACAUUGUUAGUUAAAGCGGAAAGUGCAUACUAUAUACAGCUAUUUCAAUUAGCCUUUCUCACGCCGCCAUUUUUAGGUGGCUUUUCAGCCGAAGUCUUCGAGAUAAGUCCAGGGACUUUUUAUAAUUUUUCGGACAAAUGAUGGUAAAUUUGCUUUGUUAAUGGUUAGUUUAUUUUGAAAAAUUUUUUUUCACAUUGUUUUAAUUGUCUACAUUGGUUAACGAGAAUUAGAUGCCACCCAAAAAUGGCGGAUAUUCGUCAUCGUGAUCAGAAAGGCUAAUUAAGGUUGCCCCCAAGCAAAGCGGAAAAGACGAAGACGAGCGCGAAAGGCUGCUGGGAAUCGCAAAAAUUUCAUUAAAUUUUUAGCGAUUCCCAGCAAAUCUUUCGCGCCCGUAUUCGACUUUUCUUCUUUGCUCGGGUGCUCGGGGACAACCUUAAUUUAAUUAGCUGAAAUAGCCGUAUAAACACGAAUUUUGUAGUUCGCCUCAUUAAAUAUCAGUACAUUUCAGCAUGGACAAUAUACACACACUUAGUUAACCAAUUUGUGGCCGGAAUUUAUCGUCAUGACUUUAGAUGAGCUACAACGCUGUUCUGCCUUGAUGUGCAUAAACACGAAUAAAGGUCGAACGAGAAUAAAAGCUAUACAGAGAGAACGGGCAAGGAAGCGCUUACAUAAGAGUUUUCUCAACUUUAACGCUUCGGUCAACUGAUUGCAGACAAGAGUUGCAUGAAAAUUAAUAAGUGUUGCCGGCCAAAAUAUAACUGUUCAAACGAGCAAAAACUCCUGUCAACUCCCAUCAACUCCCAUCAAAGUUUGGAUCUGCUGAAAUUUGAUAAGAGUUGAUGUGAGUGCAUGAAAGUUGAUGACAGUUGCCGGUCAAACGCGAUCGAGAGUUGCACAUUUCAUCAUCUCUGGUGAACUCUUUCCUCAUUUGACAAAAGCUUAAAAUUGAUAUGUAGGUAGUGGCGUGCUGGCAAGGGCGGGGACAGUGAACCAUGCCUCCCCUGUGAGGGUUUUUAGGGGGCAUGCAACCAAACUGCAUGAAAUUAAUGCAACCAAAAUUGUCAAUUUUUUCUUAAAAUUGAGCAAAAUGCGUGAGUAUAGGAAAGAGCAGCGCGUAUUAAAUUGUCUUGAAGAUGAUUUCGCAAAUUUCACCUUCCCCCCAAACCCAUUCGCCCUCCUUCCGCCGACACACAUUUUGGGAAAUAUAUAACGUUGGGGGAAAAUUCCGAGGUGGCCUCCACUGACGAAAUUGUAGCCAGGACGCCACUGUUUGUAGGUGUUUCUCUCCUGUAUUUCGAGAUUAUUCUUAUCGGAAAUUUAUUACCUUUUUUCUAUUUUCGCUAUCGAAAUAUUGCCAGGAAAAAAUCGCGAAAUUAAGUACGCGAGAAAUUAAGUACGAAUAAGGUAUGUCAUUUUGUCUCUAUUUAUAUGGAUUUAAUGGAUUUAUAUAAUGGAUUUUUUUGAAAAACAUGGAUUUGUUGCGGAACUUGGCACACCCUGGAGGCGCACCCCGGAGGCGCACCCCCUGCACUCAACCCUCCCAGUAAAUCCACCCUGUGCAUAUGUUUGUUGUAACUCGUUUUUGCUUUUUUAUAGAUACAUUUCCACCCCCAGAAUUGACUACAAACGCUGGUAAGCAACCUGGGCAGGACCCCAAAUAUAAUUAUAUUAAGCCUAAUUAAUUUGCCUUAUUAGCUAGCGGCUUAGUGUGGAUUUCACCUUUGCGCCCAAGUUUCUAUUUCUGCAAUUAUAUGCAACUGUCCGAUUUUCGACUCGCAUGAGAGAAGAAAGGUUAUAGUACGUUUAACCAAACACUGCAUCUCGAUUUCCUGAACUGUGUUCAAUCUUGACCUGGAGAGAAAUUUUUUACUGUACCUUAGAAAUCUUCUAUUCGUAAAGAAUUUUCCACCUUUAUUAUAAAUAAACCAACAUUCACAGCGGGGUUACAUUUGUCAGCAUCCAAUUAACUAGUGCUGGGUGUGAUAUACACCCCAGUGAUAGCCAACUAUUGAUUGCUAGAAAUCUUCGAUAUAUUAAAUAUGCUCAUAUUUUAUAUCCCUGGGAACGAGGCUGAUUUUAUAUAGGUGCAUUUAAAAAAUUUUUUAAAAACCCCUUCCCUCUACCCUAGAAAAUAGGAGAAAAGGAUGCUAACCAAGUUAUUUUUUUACUUGGCCUAAUCGACGGGUAAUUUCAGCCCGGGUUGAAAAAAUGUAAUGGGUGGCUUUAUUUCUGUCUGCUCUAUUUUUAAAUGCAACCACAGUCUCAAAUAAUAGAUAUGAACAAUAUUUUAAAUUCUUCGAAGAAAUGGAAUAGCUCCAUUUUGAGACUUUGAUCGUUUCAGCUCGGACUGAGAUUUCUCAUCGGUUUGGACUGAAAUUUAAACUCAGCUCGGGUUGAAACUUGCCAUGUGAUCGUGACACAAUUUAAGCUCCGCUAAACAGGUUGAAAUUCAGUCCGGGUUGAAGAUUCUCCAUGUGAUUUAAUCAGUUGUUGCAUAUGCUGCAAAACAUUAAGCGAAAAACAACAUUUGACAAUGUGACGAGCAUAAAAAUCAGUUUUUUCUGUUUUUCUCAAAACUUAAAAAAUUUUUAAAAAUGACUUUGGCAACUAUGCUAAGUGGCUGACGACAUGCAGUUUAGAACUGAUAGAGCUAUCCAAAUAAAGUUUGAUAUUAAUGCAUAACAAUACGUAAGAUGUAUAACAAUAUUCGUGACAAAAUUGUAUCACAACAUUGAAUGACAAUGAAUCCAAACUAAUAACCAUUUUCACACAUAGACUGUCUUUACUUAAACGGCAGCAGUUACCAUGGCAACAUAUCUAUGACAGCCUCGGGUAUUUCGUGUCAAUCAUGGACAGAACAAUGUCCACAUCGUCAUACCAUGAACAAAACAUAUCCAGAAUUGAAUAAAGCUAAGAAUUAUUGUCGAAAUCCUCAGAACUCUGGACAACGACCUUGGUGUUUUACUACAGAUAGGAACAAGAGAUGGGAGUACUGUGAUAUCCCUAAAUGUAUACCAGGUAUAGAAUAAUAUCGUUACGGUCAUAUCCCUUAAUGUUUAUAUUACCAUGUAUGGUUAUAAAAUAAACUACCACAGUUCGGGUUUGAAUUACCUGCAAAACAUUUAAACAGUUAAAUGUGCCCUGCAGUUAAACAUGAGUCCUCUGGUGCCGGGCAGAGGCGCCCUAGUUUACGUUUCAGUUGCGGCCUCUCAGUUAGACCUGUUUAAAGGUAAACAAGACCCUGGGCCAUGCAGGAUUAACUUGUGUCAGGCACAGCGGUGCUUUCGUACUCGAGUAAAAGUAAAAGUAAUUAACAAUAAAACGACUUGAGUAAGAGUAAAAAGUACCGGAGGCAAAACGUACUUAAAGGUGAUCUGCAGUCCGUAUGUAAACAAAGCCUUUGUUUACAUUUUUGUGUCCCAAAUAUUGAGCUUUAUUCGACAACUAUUUAUAUUUUCAAGCUUCUAGAGUAUAAUAAAUGAUCAAGAAACAACAAUCAGGCUUUUCAAGAACCCAAAACAUAGUUAAACUCUUUGUAUCGUAAAAAGUGGGCUCAUUUGUGCACAUGCGCAGAUCGGACUGUAGAUCACCUCUAAGUAAAAAGUACAAAGUAUCCUUAAACAACACUUGAAGUACAAAGUAAAAGUAAAGUACUGUACCUCCAGGCUCUGGUCAACAGAGGUGCAUGGGGGAGGGGGGUGCAAAAAUGACGUUUAUCCAAAUUCUAACCAACUUAUGUUAAAGGAUUCAUUUGCGUAUCACUAGUUGACAAUAGCGGAAUAGCCAAUAUUAAAUGUUCUGAAUUUUUAAAUGUUUUGAGAAUCUAAAAAUUUUCCAGAAUGUUUUCUCAGAAUGCUGGAAAUGCCAUUUCAGAGACCCCCAAAUUUUAAAAAUUUUCCUGGGGAGCAUGCAUCCGGACCACCCUAGAAAUCUCGCGCCUUCGGCGCUCGUUUCGCCAUUUGUUAGCACUCCCCCCCCCCCACCCCCCAAAAAAAAACUUUGCUGGAUCCACCACUGUACUCAAGUACAGUAACAAAGUACACUUACUUCGUUACUUGACACCAUUUGUCAGGCUCAUGCAGUAGAAUUGCAAAGACAGAAUUAAAUUUAUAAAUGUCUAGUUACAAGGCAUUUUUAAUAUAGUUAUAUUAGAACCAUAACAAAUUUGACCAAAGUUUUGAAAGUGAAAGGUAUAAAUAUUAUUUCGAGGGUCAAGACUCAAGAGAAUUAAAAUACUUUAGUAAACUAUGAAUUACUUUUAGGAAAUUCAAGUUAAACCAAAUAGUGUUAAUCAUUUUGACUUUAUAUAGAAAAAUUUUAAGUGCAUUAACAAAAGCUCAAUGUUUUUCUUCUUUGCAAGUUGAUGGUAGUUAUGGCAACUGGUCAUUAAACAGUACGUGCAAUGAAACUUGUGGUGAGGGUUUUGAAACAUGGACGCGAGAAUGUAACAACCCUAAGCCAAAGUAUGGUGGGAAAAACUGUAGUCAUCUAGGAGAACCUGUUGAGUACAGACCAUGUUCAGCAAAGGCUUGCCCUGGUAAGUCGAUCAGGGCGUUUUUUUAGCAUACAAGCUGGGGGGGGGGGUAAAUGCCCCCAGUGCCUCCUUGUGCCUCCACGAAAUCACAUUCCCCCCAGGAAAAGUCCCUUUUUCCUAAAUUUAUACAAACAAACCAGCAAAGAAUAACAAAUAGAUAAACGGAAAGUAAGUUUAGACUUUAUCCUUUGUCCCGAUUUAAAUUGUUACGUUUUUCUACCGCUAAGCACUGAUAAAUUAUUGUUAAUAAUUUUUUAAUUUUGUUGUGCGUUUUUUCCUUCUUUUAUUUCAAAUACAAGUCUAGUUAGCAUAAAUUUUAGGGCAAAUUUGGAUGCUCAGAAUGCGGGAAAUGGCAUUUCCGGGCUUCAAAUUUCAAACAUUUUCUGCGGGUGUAUUGUCCGACACACGUGGCCUUCGGCCAUUGCUAUCCCUCCUCUAAUAAGUAAUGAUACAUUAUGGUUAAUAUUUUCUUUUACUCUUUGUGCGUUUUUUUCCUUCUUUUAUUUCAAAUACAAGUAUAGUUAGCAUAAAUUUUAGAGCAAAUUUGGAUGCUUAGAAUGCAGGAAAUGGCAUUUCCGGCCUUUAGAUUUCAAAUAUUUUCUGGUGAAGUAUGCCCCAAGAUCCCCUAUUCAUGCGUGGUAUGUCGGUCACACAUGUGACCAUCGGCCAUUGCUAUCCACUCUAAUAUAUUAUCUCACAGAAAGGUCCCUUUUCAAAAACUGCACCCCCCCCCCAUGGAAAAAUCCUUAAAGAAGGCCCUGAAGUCGAUUCUUUUUUAGUAAAAAAUUCUCAGUACCAGGAGAUCUUUAAUUUCCCUCGGUAUUUUUUGUCAUUAUCUUUAGUUAACGGUGGUUACAGCAACUGGACAUUGAGUAAGCCAUGUAAUGUUUCAUGUGAUGAUGGAGUAGAAAUAUGGCGACGUUUUUGUAAUAAUCCAGAACCAAAAUACGGCGGUCAUACCUUGAGUUUCAAGUUGGCCCAGGAUGUGGCUUUUACUAUUAAAAAAACCUUACAUCUCUUCUUAGCAGAACGGAAAUACUGAAGUGCCACGCAGAGACACAUUGCCUUAUUCCGCAUUUUUAUUUUUUAUAGUCGAUGGGAUCUACAGUAACUGGACAACGUCACCAUGUAGUGCCACGUGUGGUCAAGGUGUAGAAAUAAGGACACGACAGUGCGAUAACCCUCCAGGAAAAUAUGGAGGAAAUUGUAGCAAACAGGGGCCGGCUCAAGAAAUUCGAAAAUGUGAAAUAAAACCUUGUCCAGGUAAGAACAAUGUCCAAUGGUCAGUGAUGAUAAUUCAACUUUUCCCAAAUAGUCGAGUUUCACUUAGCCAAUCACCAUAUGCUCUACUUAGCCAAUCACCAUAUGCUCUACAGCAUAUGGUGUUCAGCCAGAAGACAUUAGACAGUGGUGGACACUUCCUGAAAUAUUAGAAGGGCGAAUUAAGUUGCCAACGUCUGACCACCUUUCGUUGCUGGAAAUCGUAAUACUUUAGACUUUUUUGCCUGAAAUUUUAAUGCAAUGUUUAGCCAAAUUUAUAGCCCAGCAUUUAAAAGGCUUUCUGAAAUAUUUUGGAGGCGAUGGUUUCAUUCUUGAAAUAAACAAAACAUUGCGAAGAUUGGAUCACGUGUGACACUAAUGAAUUUAAAGCCUUACAGUUGAUUUCACGAAACCUUGGCCACGCCAAUUGCGAGGUUGUUUGGGAAUUUGGGAACUAUAAAAACGAGAUCAUCAAGUUGAUUGGAAACCGGCCAAUCAAAUUCGGAAGUUUCGCAUCAAAUUAUCGAAAUUCGUAAUGAAAUUCAGAACCAAGUUCCCAAGCAAGUUCGCAAAUUGCAAACGAUUUUGACGGCAAAUUUUAAAAACUAAACUUAUUGUAUUAAACUUAUUCAUUUAAUGGAAACUUUAUUAAUGAAUUGUAAAUCUCACUUAGGGACCGGUCAUAAAGUAUUUACUAGGGGUGUGGAGGAUAUUUUUGGGGGGUACGAAAAAAAAGAGAACCUCUGAGGGGGGUACGAAAAAAACAACAGAACCUAUAGGGGUGUACCAAAAUCCUAGUACUAUAGGUAUGGAAAAAAAACAUUUUAUACGAUUGUUGAAUAUUGAAUGUAUUUGUGCCCAGAUUUAAGUUUGCAAAGAAUUGCUUUACUAUAAUUAUUAAAUCAACACAAAAUAUAUGUUUCAGUCUGACUCAAUGUCAGAUGAUAAAUAGGAUUCGGUGUCCGUUGAACUUUUGGAGUAAAAAUAUGAUACACCUGAAUUGUCAUUGCGAGCAAGCUCACAGCAGCAUUAGAACUUGAUGAACCUGAUGAGGAAGUCUCACAUGAAUGGUAACCUGAAGUUCAGGCCCUAAUCACAGAACAGGGCCUGACACAUAACCUGUCUGAACUUCCAUUAUCGAUUUCUUCGAAUUUCUUUUCUUUUAUGCUUUUUGGCAGAAAAUAUAUCAAACAAACAGUAUUUUGAAAGGGCUUUAUCAAAUUCUUUGACGAAUUUUUGACACACGACGCUGAAAGAACAGCCAAGCUAGUCAUUAUUCGAAAGCUUGUUGUUGACAGCCAAGAUGUUCUGCCAACUGGCUUCGCCGGCAAAAGUCUUAUUUUUAAUAUCAGGUCCUACCGGCGUCGUUUUCUGAGCUACAUCGCCUUCUUCGUGGUACGAUUGAG